UCUCUGCUCCCGUCCGAGAAGCACCUCCGACGAAAGCGUCCGCGGGGUGUCGUAACUGUGAUCGUUCUCCCGCGCGUUACACUCUCCGUCGCUCUCGUCUUGAGUUUUGCGGAUUUGCCUGUAGUUUUUUGGAUUUUGGUUUAUAAUUGAAGCGUCGGUUCCUAUUCCUGCGUGUAUCUGGAACCAUAAGGAGCAAGCAACAGUUUUGCUACGGCUUGCUGACUCCUAGAAGACAGUGAUCACUUACUUGUCGAAUGUGACUUGUGGAGCUGUGAGAUAUACUGAAGCUCUCGUGUUCUGCUCUCUUAGUGCUUCUGCAGGCAAUGAAUAUGUCACCUCGGCUCCACUUACUGACACUGGUGGUGGCGGCGGUGGCGACGUCAGCGGGCGCGACCCAGACCACGACGCAGACCGAAAGCAGCAACAGCAGAAGGUCCUCGAGCCUCGUGCAAGAGAAGACGCCCCUCACGCCCGACACCGAGGCCCUGGUGGAAGUCCCGAUGUGCUGCGGCGUCGACCAGGUCUUCAGCAUGUCCGGGAUGAGCUGUGAGCCCGCGAGAACCAAGCCUGUGGUGGCGUUCCAUCAUGAGGACGGCAGCCCAGUGGAGUACCAAUUUGCCUUCAACGUCACCGUAGGCUUCCCCAACUGUACCUUCUACAGUCUUCAGCCAACAAUCGAGCCUUCGGACGAGUUCUUCCUGCUGCCAGAUGGUCGGCUCCUGGUGUCGGCGGGAGACAAGAAUAAGCUGGACAAGGAGAAAUUCUGCCUCCUGGCCACCGAGAAGGAGAUGGAGGCGAUCGUGUGCUUUCCAGAUAGUGGAAGAACUUCGCCCGAACCGACCUUCCACCACGUCGUGUACCAGACGCUGUACCCGAUCGGCAUGAUCAUCUCCUCCAUCUUCCUGGCGCUGACGCUCUUCGUGUACUGCCUGGUGGUGGAGCUCAGGGACCUCCUCGGCCGCUGCCUCAUGUGCGCCGUGGCCUCGCUGUGCCUGGCCCAGAUCUCGACGGUGGUGGUGCAGCUGGCCACGCACAGGCUGUCCAUGACGGAGUGUAUCUUCACCGCCGUGAUGAUGCAAUUCUGGUACAUGGCCGCCUUCUUCUGGCUCAACGUCAUCUGCUUCAAUGUUUUCCUCACCGUCUGGUAAGUACUUUGAAAGGGAGAUGGAAGGGAGGAAGGGAGGGAAAGGGAGGAAGGGAAAGGGAGAAAGGG